CUUUAAAAUAGCCCAACUGCGUGAUACAAAUCGCAAGCAAUAUCGCUGUGGAAACUGCGCAUGUAAAACCGAUCCCCUCUACGCGGUUUCGCACUCGACGGGCGUGGACGUACUCUCACGCGCGUAUAGAGAUUCGGUCCGAAAACCCGUGUGCGCGUACACGUACUUCCACUGUUUGCCAAACGAUAAUUACUAUAAUAAUUAAUACCUAAUAUUGAUCAAACAUCGAACACCGGAAAAUCGUCGCCGUCGUCGAUUAUUCCGGGUUCGCGAGUGCGAACGCGAACCGGUCGUGAUAAUAAUAUAAAUACAUCAUGUCGAUGCGGACAAGAACUGAAAAUAAGGAAUAGACGACUGGCGGAGACGGACACGAAUCCUCAGGUCGGGCGGAAGUCAUGCACUCACUUUUGGAACCUCUACUCAUGUUGGUGAUUCCUUGACCACCCUCACCAUGAAGUCGAGUAAUCAUUCGGAUGCCGGAAGUAAAGAUUAUCGGGGUGGUUCAUCGAGCACCGUUGGCCAAGAAGAUCUGAUUCCAAUAUUUUUGAGACGCCUUAAUGACCUUAAUAUCAGAGUCGGAACCAGAACUAGGUUUUUGAUUGAACUCGAAGACGCUACGGGUGUUCAGGUUCGUUGGUACCAUAACAACGAAGAAGCGAACAGUGAAAGGUACCAAUACAUUCACGAAGGAGGGUUUUAUUGUUUGGACAUUGUCCCUGUAACGUUAUUCGAUGAAGGUCUAUGGGUAUGCACUGCACAAAACUACGCCGGUAAAUCGUCAACCGCUGCUCAUUUAUCGCUAACUGUUCCUAAAGCGUUCAAAAAACCAAUUUUCGUCGAACAAUUGAAAGCUGUGCUGACACAACGCGGAAUUGUCUCACUGGAGUGCAAGGUGAUCGGCGUCCCGACGCCUAAGUUACGAUGGUACAAAGACGACAAGGAGAUCAAAGCCGGCGACAUAUUUGCUCUGACGGCAAAUUCCGAAGAAGACUGCUUGGGCAUUUACACGUGCGAGGCAACAAAUGUCAUGGGCACCGCGCUGUCUACGUCAAAAAUACAAGUGACUCAUACACCACUCGAUGGAAACCGCGAUGCAGACAGUCUCAUACCAUAUGGACCGCCACCGAAGUUCAUACAAUUUUUAAAAGAUGCCUCCGGUAAAGUCGGCAGUGUACUGUUUUUAGAAUGUCAAGUCGAAGUACCACCAUGGCCUCGAAGUAUUGGAUGGUACAACAACAAUGGAAUAGUAAACGAAAGCCCGUUAUACCACCUGAUGGCUGAUGGGUUGGGCAUGUAUGGCAUAGAAAUUAAGUCACUCAGAGCCGAUCAUAGCACUACUUGGAAAUGUGUUGCUACCAGUUCAACGGGAGCAAAAGCUGUCACUUCCUGUGUGGUUUCGGUGUCAUACCCAAAGAAUUAUCGGGUGCCAAGAUUCUUAGAAAGCCUAAGGGCAAUCAUGACCGACGAAGGUUUAGUAAGCUUUGAAUGCAAAGUCAUUGGAUACCCCACACCGCAACUUUCCUGGUUCAAAGACGGCAAGCAACUUCAACCUGGAGACGUUUAUGAGUUAACUGGAAGUAAAUCUUUAGGUAGUUAUUGUUGUGUUGCCCGAAAUUGUAUGGGCGAAACAAGUAGCAUUGCUGAACUUACAAUAGAAGAUAUCCAAAAUCAACUGAACGAAAGUGAAAAACUUCAAUUGACGUCAAACACACAGCCACCACGGUUUUUAUUGGGACUUAAGAGUGUUGAGGCUAAUAUAAACGAAUCUUUUGUUUUUACGAUAAAAGUUGCGACUGAAUCCGCACCUUCAAUCAGCUGGUAUAAAGAAGACGAACAGUUAACUGAAUCAAAUCGAUACCAGUUUUCUACUGAAGACAAUGGAACAUAUAUACUAAGUAUAUUGUCACUUGAAAUUGAUGAUCAGGCUGAAUGGAAGUGUGUAGCAAUUAACAAGUAUGGUCAAACUGUAACGUCCAGUUUUUUGAAGUUAAAUAUUCCAAAAACUUUCAAAAGUCCAAGAUUCCUCGAGGAACUGAGAAUAGCGUUUUCGAACGAGGGGUCGGUUAACUUGGAGUGCAAAGUGAUUGGCGUACCGCAGCCGCAACUAAAAUGGUUCAAAGAUGGCCAAGAGCUAAAUCCUGGUGACAUGCACAAAAUAAUUUCUGGGCAAAGCGGUACAUGCUGUCUGGGAACUUACACUUGCCAGGCACACAACUGUAUGGGCACGGUAUCCAGUUCAGCAACACUGUUAACAAUGGAAGAUAAGUCUACAGUUAAAUCAUGCGCUUCAGAAGAGUAUUUGUCCGUCGGAAAUCCACUUGUACGAAAUGAAUCUUUGUCAACUAUUCCCGAAGAGCGAACAAGCCAAAUGGAAAAAUCAUACACUAUUGAAGAACCUGCCGAUAUAUCGUUUUCAUUUGAUGGCAAAGAAGUGACCGUUUCGCUUUAUGAAACUCCGGACUUAACGCACGACGAAGCAUUGCAAAUCAUUGAAAUGUAUGCAGAUGAACUAUCUGAACAUAUAUCAGAAGACAAUGUUGUUGAUUUACCGUCGUUACGAAUUGUAAAGGAGUCGUCGAUUUCUGGACCUGUUAUGAUGGAAGCUUUGGUUAUAGAUGUACCUAUUGAUUUUUGUAGACAACAAAUAGUAUCAGACACUGAAUUCGAUGGUGUUUCGCUAACCGAAGACAUAACGCUUGCAAAUAAUGAUAAAAGCGAUAGCAUGUGUGAAAAUAGUCUGGAAUAUUUUUCGGAUCAUUUGUCGUCUGGAAAUUCGAAACGUGAAGUAUUUUACAGUGCGAGUGAUACAACACCUAAAAAUUCAUCAAUGAUUUUAAAACAGCAAUCGGAAGACGAUGAGCAUCAGUCUUUUCAAACACCAAAAUUAUUUAUGUCAGACUCCGAUGAUCAGAUUCUAACGCAAUUGAAAUUGGAUGAAAAAAUUUCACCUUAUAAUUCUAGACAAGUAAUUGGACCAUUGGCUCGGUCUGAGAGCAAUAAUACCGAAGAAGAAGUAUCUGAAACACUAGCUGAAAUAGAAAACGAACCACUAUUAUCACAUAAUUAUUGUGCAUCUGAAAUUGUAACUCAAUCUGACGAAGAUGGAUUGUAUUUAACAGUAUUAAAUAAAAUACGAGGCAAGGGAAUAGAGGAUGUUGUACUUAGUUCGGAAGAAGACGAUGUCUUAAAAAUUAUUUCCAGACCAAAUGUGGACGAAUUUUUAAAAUACAUGAAAAUUAUUUUGGAAGGGUCUAUAGUGAAGAUGCGCACGUACGAAAAUUUUAAUAUCACUAGUACGACAACUGAACUCGAACGUUCGAUCCAAGCUUUACAUUCACUUGCUUGGAAAUUUAUCGAAGAAACGGAAAGAAACGAUGUAACGGAGUUGGACAAAAACACUGCAGAAAAUGUUUCGAGUUUAAUGACUGCAAUAAACGCGAGUUUGUUAGCAUUAGAACAAAUCGACGAUCCUUUUGGUGUUUCAGACAAUGUAUUAAACGAAAUUCAAUCGUCAGUAUGUUUUGAUUUAGAAACUCUUAACAAUAGCGAUCUUUCGGCUUCGGCUAUUUUAGAUCGUUUAUCUGACCAAAUAAAAAAUUUUACAAUCGUUGUCAAUAGUCAGAUAACUCGAGUUACAGAACAACGUAUUAUAGCUGUGUUACGAAACACAAUUGGCACUACUUUAACGUAUAUUAAAACGUUACAACAGAACUGUUCUAAAAUAAAAUGCGUGGACAUAAAUUCAUUGACACCUUUAUUUUCAAUGGUACAACCGUUAGAAAUAAUUUUAAAUGAUAUAACCGUCAUGGAAGAAGCAUCAAUAGAAGAUAGCAAACCUAACUACAAAUUGAAACAAAUAUUAAUACCUCCUAUUAGUUCUAUUGCGUUUGCUUUAGACAAUCUAAAUACUACACUAAAAAACGAUAGUUCGAAUGACGAUCAAGAUUUGAAAGAUAUUUACGAUAGAAUAAAUGAAUCAACAAAUCAGUUUAUGAUACUCGCUUCGCAAGGUAUGGACAACAAUAAAAUUGCAGAGUGUUUCAUAUCAUUUACAAAACCUAUUAAUGAUUUAUGUUGUCAUCUUAGACGGUUAGGUAGAUCAACAGAAAAUAUUGUGUCAUCCGAUUAUGGAUCUGAUGAUAAACUUUUAUUAGAUUUUGAAACACUUUUCGAUGAAUUGAUGAUGGAUAUUGACACACUAAUCAACAAUGUAAAUUUUGUCCAAGAUUCCGAAAAUAAUAUGAAUCCUCUAGGAUCUUUAUUAGAACCUUUGCAAGACAUGAAAAUUGGUUUAUUUCAAGUUAACCAAGUUUUACUUUCGAACCAAACUGGCUCAACCAUGAGUUAUGAAGUUAUAAGUUGUUUUGAACAUUUAUCUCAGCAAUUAGUUCAACUAAACAAUUGUAUUGUGAAUCAAUCAAUAGUAGAAGAAACAGACAAAGAAAUUCCAUUUGAAUCUUCAAUAAAAAUGAUGCAAAACAUUCUUUUUGACGAUGCUAUAGAUGAUUUAGGUGUAAACGGAAUACUUUUUGGUAGUGUUAUGAAACCUCUUUUGCAACUUCAAAAUCUUAUUGUUUCAAAAAUGGCUUCAGUAGAAAGCGAUCUUAGUUUUUCAGAACAUACUGAUGUUACGGGUGGAGCUUGUGAUACUCAAUCAUUGAGUUUGUCCUUAUCGAAUAACGCACAAACCGUCCUCAAUAAAGCUACUGAUGAGAAUUCAAAAAAUGUCAUAACUGAAUCAUCAAUAUUAUAUAGUUCAGAUAAAGACUCUGAUAAACAAAAUAAUAUACAUAUAGAUAAUUCUGAAAUUAACAAAGACUCAACACGUUUUGAAAAUAACGUUAAUAAUGAUUUGGUUAUAAAAAGAGGUUUUGAAUUUGAUAUCGGUGACACAUUUAAAGACGAAGAACCAAAUAUUAUAACAUCUGAAGAUGAACGUGAUAAUUCAGGUUUUGAAGCACUAUUUGAUGAAACUGAUUUAGAAACGAUAAGUGAUUUUGUUGAAGAUGGAUCUAAACUUGAUCAUAAAUUAUCAGAUUUAUAUACUAUGAGCGAAAAAGAUAUUGAAACCAUGCAUAAGGUAAUCGAUGAUAGUAUUCCUGAACAUCUAUUAGAAUCAUUAGAAAAAAAUAAUCAACAAGAUUUGGUUUUGAAUUCAUCAGUAGAUUUAUUCGAUGAACUCCAAGAAACAUUAAAAAAUAUGUCCGAAGUAGCACAAGAUAAAUUAACUGAAAUCUAUGACUUAGAUAGUACUACCUCAAAUAUCAAUGAUUUACAAAAAAAUAAUUCGAAAUAUAUUGAUCAACAUUGCGAUAAAACUAAUAAAUUAUUAGAUGAUUCAUUAGAUGUAGCAAAAAUAAAUAAUUCAACUAUCAAAAAUACUGAUAAAUUAACACAACAAAAUAUAAUAGAAAUGUCUGAAGUGAAAAACGAAAAGAUGAAUCAACGUGACGAAAUCAUUUUAGAAACAGACCAAAAUGAUACAUUCAAAACUAAAGAUAUGAUCAUCAGUGGUCAAGAUGAUUGCAUAGAAGAAAAAGUAUUUGAAUUAGAACAGGGUGUAGAUUUGAUUGAAAAUUUCGAAUUUUUAGACUCAGAUAAAUCAAUAUCUAAUAACACAAUUAUUACAGUCAAUGAAAUUUCUGAUUCAAGUGAAGUUAAAAUGAAAGAAAUUGAUAAUACCCAUAACUUAGAAACUGCAGUAAAUCUACUUACAUCUACUACUGAAAAAUAUUCCCAAAUAGUAAAUGUACCAGAUGAAAAUGUAUUAUUAAUUACCUCUGAAAAUAAUUUAAUAUCAAAAAUAAAUGACAACGAUGAAGAUUUAACAACUUUAUCCAAUUUAAAAAAUGAAAUUUUGGAUUCUGUGCUAUUAAAAAAAUCAAAUAUUAUUGAAUCUAAUAAAAAUAUAAAAACUGUUUCGAAUGAUGAUACCGCGGUUGAUACUAAUAAUUUGAAUGAGUCAGAGAAACUGAAUACACUCAGUAAUGACAAUGAUACUGAAAAUAGAGAGAUUUUGUCGCUAAAAAAUAUUGAAGAACCGUUAAUAACAGAGAAUGUUUCUCAAAGUUUAUUUCAACAAGAUAAUACUGUCGUAAAUGAAAGUGAUUCUAUUCAUAGUUCAGAGAUAUGUAUGGCCAUUCAAGAAGCACAAACUGGUGUUGAAAAUGAACUUAACUCGGAAAAAGAUAAUUUAUUAAUUUCAAUCGACAAAAGUACUAAUUCAAUAGAAUUAAAGAAAGUAUUAGUAACUUUAGUGGAUGAAAAGAAUGGUAUAACAUCAGAAACUAAUUCAGUGAUUGGAAAUCAGAAUAAUUUGAUUACUGAAGAAAUAUUGAAGGAAAUCAAACCAUACGAUAACAGAGAUUUAAUAAAUAAAAGUGAUUAUACUGUUGAAGAAAGAAAAACACAUUUACAAGAACUAACAUCAUCCAUAGAUUGCGAAAAUUCUAUAGCAGUCUUGGAAGAUAAUAUUAUCAGGGACAUGACUAAAAAACAAAAUAGUGGUAACGAAAAUUUGAAUUUUGUAAAAAAUGAGUAUAAUAAUUCUGGAACAGUUGAAAUUAACCAAGAUAUUAAUAUCGAUAACAUAUUACACCAUGAUUUGCAACCAAAUAUAAAUACAAUUUCUACAACUGACAAUAAUCAAAUUGUUAUCUAUUCUACUGAAUGUGAAAACACGGUAAAUCCGAUAACAGAAUUAAAUAUUCAUCAAACUGAAGAAUAUGAUCAAAAUCUGUCUGACAAAUGCAUUGAUGAAGUACAAAAUCAUGAAAAUAAAAUUGAAUCAGUUAAUGAAGAACCUAUAGAAAAUAUUCAACAGAAGUGUUUUACUGCUCAGCAAAAUAAUAUUUUACAGAUCUCUAAUAGCGAAGUUAAAGCUAUUGAUGAAUUGAAUGAACAAUGUGAAAUUUUAUCAGAAAUGAAAGUGAAUGAUGAAAUAGAACAUAUUAAUUCGAAAAUAGUUGUACCAUCGGGGAUAAUUCAAUCGGAAAAUGUUAACGAACAGCCUGUUUUAGAUAAUUCAAAUCGUAUUGAUGAUUUAGAUAAAACACAGUAUAAUGUUGAUAAGUGUGUUGAUAAUAUGUUGCCAGUUACUGAAAAUAUGACUGAAACUGCUGGAUCAAAUGUAUUAGACAAACAAUCAGAAAUAACUAUUACAAAUUCCGAAGAAGACGAAAAUAAACCUGAAAACCCAAAACAAAAUAAAAAAUUAUCUGAAAAUAAUGAAAUUAUUGACAGUAUAGCAAUGCAAUUUAAAAAUGAUGUAACUAAUGAUUUCGAUAAUUCACUUCAUUUGACUUUAAAUGAAAAAGAAAGUAGUUCUGAUCAGAAAAUCAAUAAACUUUCUGAAAACGAAAUAACAGAAAUAGCAAUAAAUGACGAAGAAAAGUCUAUCAACACAUUAAAUAAGCCUUUAGAGGAUUUAAAACAAUCUGAUAUUUUGGAUAAUAAUGAUGCAGAUUUAUUGAAAAGUACAUUGAAUAAUAAUAAAACAAUUACUUUAGACAACUCACAGUCAAUUAAUCCAUAUGAAUUUGAAGAAAAUCAUGUUCAAAUACAAUUCAAAGAAAAUAUUGAUUCUAAAAAUGAGGAUAACAAAGUUUUAAAUGAUAAAGACAGCAUAAUAAGUAAUUUAGAGCACUUAGAAAGUAAAAAUGAAGUUUUAAAUUUUCCAGAUGAGACUAUUAAUAACGAAGAAGAGAAAUCUUGUUGUGAAAUUCAGUAUAUACAAAAUGAUGGAUCUAAAUUGAUCAAUGAAUCACCAAAUAGUAUGGUUGAACAAACCACUGAUUUAAUAUGUAAUGAAAUGAUUUUAGUAUCCAACACUCAACAAUUAGAUUCAGUUGUUAUUGAUUUGGAAAAUAUCAAAGAACAACAUGAAAUAGAAUUAAAUAUUUCUGAACCUGAAAAUAUAGCAGUUUUAGAAAAUACAAUCGAUACAGUAGAGAAAAAUAAUUGGCAAAAUGAUGAUAUGGAACAAGUGUCCAAAGAUAAAUUAAUAUCAAACCUUUUGGACAUGAAUAAUUUAAUUGACGAUGGAAAUAAAGAAAAAUCCAUUACAAAAGAGUAUAUUGAAAUUCAGACUUCAAAAUUAAUUGAUGAAAAAUCUAUUUCUGCCAGUAAUAAAGACGAUGUGAAUAAUAGAGAAGGACAAAUAUUGAAUAAAUCACAGCUGUCUGUUGAAAGUGAGAUCGAAGUUUCUUUAACUGAAAAUGACUGUGUUACAACUAUUAGUGAUUUGGAAACAACAAAAAUUAACACAGACGAGAAAAUAAAUAGUUGUGAAACACUUGCUUCAGAAAACGACCUUACUGAACAUAAAAGUUCAAUUUUAGUCAAUGAAAAUACAGAAGAUUGUAAAGAAAUCGCAAGUCAUCUAAGUAUGUGCAUUGGAAUUUUUAAUGAAAAUAACGUAAGCCAGCAUAAAGAAUUUACUGAAUGUCAACCAAAGGUUAUAUCAGAAAACUUUGAUACUUCAGAAACAGUUUCACUUGACGAAACUGAGAUAACAAAUAUAAUAAGCAAUGAAGAAAAAUCAAAUAGAAAUGAAAACAAUUUAGAAAUUAAAAAAACAAGUGAACAGAAUAAUGUUAAAAAUGAUACAAAUAAAAAUGUAAGUCCAAUUUUAAAUGAUGUAUGCAAGUAUAACAUGGAAAAUGAAGAAAUUCUAGUUAAUGAUAAAAAUCAUACAUUGAGUUUAUGUGAAAUAAAUUUUGAAAAUGUGAAUGAAAAACUGUCAAAAGAUUUAGAAAAUAAUAAAGAAAUAACUGAAAACAAUUUUGUAAAACCGUUUGACAUUAAAAGUAAUCUAGAAGAUACAGAUAAUAUAAAAAAUGAUGAAAUAAAUACAGAAGAAAUCAAUAAAGAAUUUAUACAUUUGGAGGAUCUCGAUAUGUCAACGAAUAUAUUAGAAACAAUUAUCGAUCCAAGUGUUGACACUAAUAAAAGUAAAAAACAAAAGGAAAAUUCAACUAUUGAAAAAUUAUCAAACUUAGUAGAUGAAUUAAAUACCUCAUUAGAAACUCCUAAAAGUGAAUGUUUAUCAAUGAAUAAAGACAUUGAUGGUAAAAUUAUAGACAGAUCUAAUGUUGAUUUUUCUAUUAAUGAAAGUUCGGAGAUUGAAGUCGAUGAAGAUAUUAUAGCUCAACACAAUAAUACUUCCAAAAUUGAAAUUCAAGAUAAGUCAGUUGACAGUGUGGAAAAAGUAAACGUAGUGACUAAAGAUUAUCCUGAUAAAAAUCAUGGUAUUAAAAGUGAUUCGAUUUUAAUUGAGAUUCAAGGAAAUGAAGUAAGUAGUACUAUAAAUUACAAUAUAGAAAAUGAACACUCCACAGUAAAACUUGAAAGUAUAAAUGCCGAUGAAAAUAAAUUGAUAAACGAAGUAAAAAUAAAUAAUCAAAUUGAUAUAAUAACUGCUAUAGAAAAUAACGUCAAUGUUUUAAAUGACACUAUAUUUGAAGAUGGAAUCAACGAUUUAUCUGCUGAAGAAUCAUUAGGUACUUUUUCUAUAGUGCCGAAAUUACAUUGUAUAGAAAAAAUCGCAGCUAAUCAGACUGAAUGUGUGACGUUAGAAAAUACGAAUAUAUUUAAAUCAAGUGAACUUAAUGGUACAGAAAAUAUUGACCAACGUGCACAAGUUAAACAUGAAUUAAACAUUGCUGCUAUUGGGAACGUAAUAAUAGAUUACGAUAGUAUAAAAGAACAUUCAGUAAAUGUAGAUGACGAACAAAAAUGUACAGAGAAUGCGACUAUAGCUGUUAUUUUAGAUGACAAUGCGUUUAAAGUCGUGUCGACCAAUGUGGAUGUUUUAAAUGCGCCUACUAAAGAUACGAUCAUAGCAAAGGAGUUAAUUGAAGCUGACGAAGUCUCUGAAGAUUUUAUAAGAGCGACAACGCUUUUAUGUGAAAAUAGAAAUUCUGACAUUUCGACGGCUGAUAUAUUAAAUGAUCAAACUGAAAAUUCAGAUAAUUUUGUUAAAGAAAAUGUUCAAAGUAAAAUUGAGUUAAUAAAUAAACCGACAGAAAUAUUUAAUGUCGACACUUAUAAACAAGGUGAUUUAGCGUUAAAACAAGAGCAGAAUGAAGAGAUAAUUGAUGAAUCACAGCAAUCUUUACAAAAAUCAGAUCAAAUAUUUGAAUCUUUAGUAUUAUCUAUAGAUGGAAAUGACACAAUGGAAGAGGUCAAAAUUGAUGUUUCAAAUGAAAACAUCAAGAUUACAAAGGAUGAAAAUAUUACUGAUACAAAAGAUAAAGUGGAUGUAAUACAGGAAUUGAGUACCAAAUCAAAAGAAUCACCAUCAUCAUAUUCCCCGACAAAUAAUAUUAAUAUUAAAGAAAAUAAAAUUGACACAACAGAAAUAAUCAAUGAAACAUUAGAUGAAAAAAAUAAGAUGUUGUUAGACGAAAUUAAAAAUUCUGAAAAAAUAAUAACUGAUUUUAAAUCUGAAAAAAUAUUGGAAAAAGCCGUUGAAACUGAUGAUCAAAAUAAAAAUAAUAAUGAAAUAGAUAAAAAUGAAGAAAAAUUGAAUGGAAGUGAAAUAGAAAUAGAUAAGGCCAAACGAAGAAGUAUAAAAAAGAAAUCAAGUCUACCAUCAGACGAUAAAAAAUCACCUUCACCAGAUAAAACAAAAAAUAACAUUAGUAUUAGUGAAAAGGAAAUUGAUACAACAAAAUCUAUCGAUAUGAGUAUUGAAGAAAAAAAUAAAAAAAUGCCAAAUAUGACUAAUGACACUGAGAAACUUGAAACUAAACUAGAAUCAGAAGUUCUUGUAGAGAGUAAUGAAAAUGAAAAAGAAGAGUUUGAAAAUGAAAUUUCAACUAAAGAUACUAAGCAGAAAAAUGAAAAAUUAGUUUCAGAUAAAAAAGAAUUGUCAGAAAAAAAUAUAGAAAUUGAUGAAAAAAUACAAGGGAGUAAAGAAAAUAAAAUAAGCUUACAAUCUGAAAAUAAUAAAUCAUCGUCAACAGAUACCAUGCAAAAUGAUAUUAGUUCAAGUGUAAAUAAAAUUGACUCAAAUAUUAUCAAUGACACUUAUGAAGACAAAAGUAAAAACCUUUCAAAUGAUAAUACAAACAUUGAAAAAGAAGAGAUUAAAUUAGAUAAAUCAGAACCAGAAAUUGCUUUAGACAAUACUAAAAGUAUAGAAAAAAUAACCAAAAAUAAUGUUUUAACGGAGGAUCAAAAUAAAAACCAAAAGAACAAUGAAAUUGGUAAAGACGAUAAUAUGAAAUCUACUAAAAAUAAUGAAGAAAAAGACAAGAUUAAACGAGGAAGUAAAAAAAAUAAAUCAACAAGACCACGGUCUGAAAAUAAAAAAUCGCCUUCACCAGAAAUCACAAAAAAUAUUUUAAGUAUUAAUAACAAAACAGUUGAAGCAUCAAAAACUAAUGAUAACAGUAUUGAAGAAAAAAAUAAAACACCUUCAGAUCAUUAUAACAAUACUGAAAAUUUAGAAAUUGAAUCAGAUAAAUUCGAACCGAAAAUUUGUUCAAAAAAUAUUGAAAAAGAUGUUUCUACUAAUGACAAAGAUAAAAAUCAGAAGAAUAAUAGAAUUGAUGCAGAUGAUAAUAAAUUGUUGAGAAAUGAAAAAAAUAAGAUAACAGAAGAAAAUAAGAAAAAAAAAUUAAGUCCAGAACCUGAGAUCAAAAAAUUAUCUUCAUCAGAUAUCACAAAAAAUAAUAUUAGUGUAAUUGAAAACAAUAUUGACACAAACAAUAUUGAUAAAACUACCGAAGACAACAAUAAACAAAUAUCAGAAGAUAAUAAACACAUUGAAAAAGUUAAAACUAAAGUACAAUCGAAAACCGUUGCUGAAAAUGAUAUAAAUACAACGAAAAAAAUUGAAAAAGACGUUUUAAAUAAUACUCAAAUUGAAAUUCAGAAUAAUGACGAUAUCGGUAGUGAUGAUAAAAUAAGAUCAACAGAAAAUUAUGUAGAAAAAGACAAGGCCAAACAAGGAAGCAAAAAAGAUAAAUUAAGCCCUCGGCCAAAAGGUAAAAAAUCGACUUCACCUGAUAAAACAAAAGAAAUAACAGAGCAUCUUAAAAUUCAAUCUCGAGACGAAAACGAUACCAUGAAAGAAUUAGAACAACAAGAGAGCAAAAUAGAUGAAUCGAAAUAUCUAGGAGAAUCUAAACAAACACUGAAACGUAAAGAAGUCGAACCACUCGCAUUCCCGAAAUCAUCUAUAAAUAAUUAUGGGUCUGCCGAUAGUUGUCAAUCUGAAAUUAACCUAAAAGAUAUUUCUCGAGUAGGUAUUGACAAAAAACAAACGAACGAAACACGGUCUUUCGUCGGUGUCUUAACCGAUGAGGAAGGACAACGCGUUGCGAAAAAUUGCUUUACAACAAACAAAAAAGAGUUAAAAUCGACAGGGUUUACAAAGCUUGAUGACGUCGGUGUACUGGAAGUCCCGAGCUCAGGCAAACGUCCGGUUAACCGUCAUCUACUGGAUGUGACAGACGCACAUAAGAUACGUCCAAAUACUCUUACGUAUAGAUCUCUGACGCCAGAUCCAUUAACUUCGUACAGAUCCCUGACGCCUGACCAUUUGACUUCAUAUAGAUCUCUAACACCAGAUAGUCCGACAUACAGAUCAUGCAUAACACCGAGGUCUAGGUACGCGACAUCGACAAGAUAUGCGGGUUCAUCGGAUAGAGAACUAUACGGCGGUAGCAGCAGUAGCCGCAGCAGCAGAAGCAGUAGUCGAUCUAUGAGUCCUUACCUACCAGAGUCUAGGAUUUCAGCGCGAAAUCUUUGGCCCACCGGCGUAGCAGCGUACCGAUGCCUUUCGGAAACAUCUGUUCCUCUCAGCUCAAGGCUUCUGGAGGAAGAGAGGACUUCCGGUUGGCCGCACACAAACUACGGUGUAACCACUCGGAGACGAAGGGGCUCUGACAGUUUUCUGCACGAUUCAGGAGUGCGGGAUGGAAGUUAUUAUUCUAGUUUUAGAUUGUCUAACAGCCGGUCCACCACGUACGGUGCUACCGAGGACCUGUAUUUGACAAAGGAGGCAUUCAAAGGUCUGUACUUCUGCGUUCGGAUGAUUGACCAAACCGUGUCGUCCGGCGCUCGAGUUAAGUUCUGGUGCAGCGUCAUCGGCCAUCCAGAACCUCAUGUUCAGUGGUAUCGAGAUGGUCAGAAACUUAACAGUUUUACGUACAAUUCUUCCGCGAGAUAUGAGACAAAAUAUGACGGUGGUUUGGCACAAUUGAUUAUAAACAACGCCCAGAGUGGAGAUUCUGGCGAGUAUACGUGUGUAGCUAUCAACAGCCGUGACCGGAUAUCCACCACUGGGUUCCUGACUGUGUAUACGUCUCCAUCGGUGUUCAAUAAACCACUGCUACAACCAUCCCUAUCAGUGGACAGUAUCGAAUCCAGUCGUGGAGUUUACUCUCGGACUAACCAUAAUUUCCGGUUACCUGCAAAUUCCAAGUUCGAUUUUGGUUCUCGGAAUUUUGGAAGUGACUUGGUUAGUAGGCGCCCUGAGUAUCCGAAGUUUAUAUCCAGUAUAAUCGCUGACGAUGUGGCGACGUGUGGUGGUACGAUUGCACUACAGGUCCGGGUGCAAGGUUCUCCAGUGCCGAAUGUGACGUGGAUGCGUGAAUCUAGGCCACUACCACGUUUAUCAGGCAAAUACGUUUAUCUGGACGAGGGUGGGCUGUACACGCUGCUGGUAAUGGACAGUACGGUCCGGGAUGGUGGAACAUACGUAUGCCGUGCGUGCAACCUUUAUGGGGUGGCGGACGUAGAAAAGGCAGUUAGGGUGGUGUCACCGCAGGACUACACAGACCGUAGGGGCGUGAAGCCAGCCAUUAUCGUGUCAAGACCUGAUGAUCGACUGAACGUGGCCAUCGGCGAGGACAUUACCGUCACCCUCCGGGUGGCCGGUGAACCGAAACCAAAAGUCAUAUGGAUGAGAGGUUCGAGGGACGUGACAUUCUUCGAUCGGUCGUCAAAGGAAACGGUCAACGACUACGUGAGGCUGUCGAUCAAAAAGGCGCAACCGUCGGACGCCGGGACGUAUUUUAUUAUCGCUAAAAACGUGUACGGGUCUGAUAGGGCGUUUGUCACUGUCGGGGUGAGGAAGCGUGCGAGAUCGUUAACACCGCCGCAAAUCAGAAAUACGAUUAGCAGCCGAUGGUUAUGGCCGAUAGGCGGUAGAGGAGGAAAAAGAUGCUGCGCAAACAACGAAGUUCCGGGCCCCGUGCGCAGCGAACCGACGGUGACGGACCGGACCAAUAACCGGAUAUCGUUGCAAUGGGAUAGACCGGAAAAACCGGAAACUGUGCUCGUCUACAGAGUAGAGACGCGAACAGCUGACGAAGAAUGCUGGCGGGAGGUUGGCAUGACUCCCACCAAUACCAUAGAUGUGUAUAACCUGAAACCGGGUUACCAGUAUCAAUUUCGAGUGGCAGCUCGCAACAGAUUCGGAUGGAGCCAGCCGGUAACUUCUAAGGGAUAUGUGGACGUAUUUGAGCCGAAGUUUUUACCGGAAUUCCAUCAACCGUUGCCUGGACAAACCAGGGUGUUAUUGCAGCACAAAGCAACUUUACAGUGUCACGUCCGUGGUAUUCCAGAACCACGGGUGACGUGGUUUAAAGAUGGCGAACCGUUACUAGCAACGGACAGACAUUCGGUCGCGCGCACGGACGCAGGGAAAUGUACGCUGUCGAUCGAGGAUGUGGCGGACGGAGACGCGGGUCGCUACUCUUGCGAAGCAGUUAACGACCAAGGGAGAGUGUGUACGUUGACCGUCGUCCAAGUGAUUGCCAACCGUAGGAUUGUGGAGGCAGAACAGAGGCUCCAAGGGUGUUUGAUGAAAAACAACAACUUCAAAGAAUCGGCACCGUUAUUCACUAAGCAUCUAAUCGACCGCAGAGUGGAAAUAAAUUCUACGGUCCGGUUGUCGUGUCAAGUAAACGGAUUGCCCGUGCCGUUGGUUUUGUGGUACAAGGAUGGUCGACCAAUAGACUUUUUGGAUAGAACGGAAGGCGACAGGAAACCACCAAUCAGGGACGAUUCAGACGACUUCUACACACUGGAACUGACCGAAGUCAAGUACCACGACAGCGGUACUUACGCGGCUGUGGCGUCCAAUGCGAUCGGAAAGGCAUCCACGCGGUGCGUGCUAGAAGUGUUCAACAAGAACCGCACCGAUCCAGCGGUACCCACGUUCGUUUUUGGUCUGCCGACAACCAUGGAAGCUGUAGACUCGAUCGUUUUGAGCGCACAAAUUGACGCGUACCGUCCCGUCAAAGCUGAAUGGUUUAGAGACGGUAUUCAAUUGAGGAACGGACGAAGGGUAGACAUUAUUACUGAUCACGAUGGAAAUCUAGAACUUAGGAUAGCAUGUGUAACAACACGGGAUUCGGGUACUUAUAUGUUGAGAGUGUCUAAUGGUACAGGUACGAUAGAAAGUCGGUGCGAUGUCAAUGUAGUGGAACGCAAACAUAACGACACGAGGAUGGAGCAAAUUUCUUUGAUUAAUCAUUUAUAUUCAAAAAAACCAAAGUUUGUCGUAAAACCGAAAUUUCAAGAAGUUGAAGAAGGCCAAGAAGUGAUUAUCGAUUCAGAGAUCGUGGGUGAUCCAUUACCGAGGAUUACAUGGCUCAGAGACGGUUUGAAGCCGGAAUAUUAUCGUGACAAUUCUGAGUUUUUGUGCAUAUCCAAUGGAAAUCGUUAUCAGCUGAAAAUUCCUCACGCCAAACUGACGCAUACUGGGACGUACACGUUACUAGCCGCUAAUCCGCAUGGACAGAUCAAAGCGCUAAUAUCUCUACAAGUCUACUCGACAGGACACUGUAAGAAAAAAAUGGUAAAUGGAACAAACUACGCAACGGUGGAAAGGUUACCAAGAAUAAGUAGAGGGCUGGUCGACAUAGAGUGCCGGGAAAACGACAGUGUUACGUUUGAGUGCAAGUUGAAUAUUACACAAGAGACGGAUAUUAGAUGGCAAAAAGAUGGCAAAUUGGUCAGAUUAAGCAAACAGAUUAAGUCUCAGCUGAUCGAUGGUGAUACGGCUCGUCUCGAAAUAUCCACAGUGAGUCCGCUACACGAAGGACUAUACACAUGUACAGCUUUCAACGAACUCGGUCAAGAUUCGACGUCGGCGCGGCUGAUAUUGUUGUCAAAUUCACAAGAGACCACUAAGAUACCCCAGUCAAACGGACAGCAAAAAACUAUGAUUGGUUCACCAAUAUUAGCAGGUGAAUCCAAUGAUCGGGGUACAAAACGUUUGAAGCGAAGCAGUGCACCGAAAUUUUAUGCCGUACUACACGAUCGAAUCGCAGAUGUCGGCGAAACUGUUCGAUUUCAGUGCAGUGUGUCAGGUCACCCACCGCCGUGGUCGUCAUGGGAAAAAGACGGCCAGCCUAUCGGUGUCAAUAGCAGGAUAAGAAUUCGCGAGGACGAUGAUUACCGGUCGAUGGAGAUUUGCGACGUCACUACAGAUGACGCAGGUCUCUACCGAAUCACCGUAGAAAACAAAUUUGGAAAAAUUCAAGCCACAGCCCGGCUCGAAGUGUUGACACACAAUCAAACCACAAAUGACGUACAAAUUACUUCGUCGUCUAACGGCAGGAGACAGUCCGGCUCGGCUGCUUGUGCUGGUGAAAAUUUUACUCUCAGCUGUGAAAUAAGAGGAAACCCUAUGUCUGAUGUUACCUGGUAUAAGAAUAACGUAGAAGUCAAGCCUGACGACAGGGUGACUUCGUCUCUGGAUGAUUUGGCGGCUAGACUUUCGAUAUGUAACUUAGAGUCGGCAGAUACAGGCGUAUACACGUGUGUGGCUAGGUGCGAGUCUGGUGUUACCAGGUGUUCGACAGAAUUGUGUGUAUUUGACACAAAAUUGGGCACCGACUCGUGUCUAAAACCUCCGAUAUUCGUCCAGGGUCUUGUUCCUAAGCGCACCGUUGACGAAGGAGAACCGGUCCAGUUGACUGUAAAACUCCAAGGUGCAGUUCCUAUGAAUGCCACGUGGUUUAAAAAUGACGUGCCUGUUCCCGACUGCGCGGACUUUGAGUACCUGAUGACCGAAGACCGCGGUGAAUUCGGCUUAUCAAUCACCGACCCUUUUGUAAAAGACAGCGGCAUUUAUAGUUGUAAAGUGGCCAACACAUUUGGCCAAGCCGUGUCUAGUGGACAACUCGUUAUAAACGAAAUGUCAUGUGAAAAUCAGAUGCCAAUGGUCAUCGAACUUAAUAACAAUAUGCAGGAUAUUGAAGAAAAAACUGCGAGCGAUUUCCCGGUCAACACUAAAACCGCACUUCCUGCAUCCAUACUCAGUGGACCAUCUGACACGACUGUGUUCCGUGGCGACAAAGUGGUCUUGAAGACGGCGUAUCGGGGCAAUCCCGAACCGCGUGUCCAAUGGCUUAGAGCGGGCAAAGUGUUGGAGUCUGACGCGCAUUUGUGUAUAACUAACGAAAAUGGCGAGUCUAGUCUGACGAUCGACUCGAUCACGGCCGACGAUUGUGGCAAGUACGUGGUUCGCGUCGAUAACGGACAUGGUAACGAUUUCCACUUCGCAUCGGUCGCCGUUGAAGGGCCUCCCGAUCCACCUGCCGGCAGACCUGUUGUCUCUGUGUCUGAGACUAGUGCGGACGUAACGUGGUCCAGUCCGGCGUACGAUGGCGGUUGUAUGGUCACCGGUUACGGCGUGGAAGUCCGACCGUUCAACCAGUCCGAUUGGAAACUAGUGGCCGAUAAGUGUCACUCAUUAUCGCACAUUGUCCGAGGUUUAGCACCCGGUGAGUCGUACGUUUUUAGAGUCCGAGCGGAAAACAUGCACGGAUCGAGCGAAGCGAGCCUAGAAUCCACACCGGUGUACAUAUUGCAAACUGAUUAUGGAAACACGCUUUGGCCAAAAACAGUUAACAUAGAAAACGGUGAUUUGUUUGAUAAGCAAUACGAAAUGCUGGAUGAGCUCGGCAAAGGCAGAUAUGGGGUCGUGUAUAAAGUGAAAGAACGUGAGACCAAUAAAUAUUACGCUGCCAAGUUUGUACGGUGCAUUAAGUCAACGGACAAGGAAAAAGCGCAAGAAGAAGUUGAUAUAAUGAAUUGUCUGCGGCACCCCAAACUUUUACAACUCGACGCGGCUUUCGACAAGCCCAGGGAAGUGGUAUUGGUCACUGAAUACAUUUCUGGUGGUGAAUUGUUCGAAAGAGUGGUGGCUGAUGAUUUCACGCUCACAGAAAAGGAUUGCAUUCUGUUCACCAAGCAGAUAUGCGAAGGCGUAGAUUACAUGCACAAACAGAAUGUCGUUCACUUGGAUUUAAAGCCGGAAAACAUAAUGUGCCAGUCACGGACUUCGCACUAUAUCAAGCUCAUUGACUUUGGAUUGGCACAGAAAAUCAUACCAGGACAGCCAAUGCGAGUGCUGUUUGGCACGCCCGAAUUUAUUCCACCUGAAAUCAUCGGUUAUGAGCCCAUCGGCUUUGAAUCGGACAUGUGGUCCGUGGGAGUAAUCUGCUACGUGUUAUUAUCCGGUCUUUCGCCGUUCAUGGGGGACAACGACUCCGAAACAUUCACUAACAUAACGAAAGCAGAGUUUGAUUUCGACGACGAGGCAUUCGAUGCUGUCUCUCAAGAUGCCAAGGACUUCAUAAGCGCGCUGUUGAUCAAACGCAAAGAAUUAAGACUUACUGCCAAAGAAUGCCUGAAACACAAGUGGCUGGCACAACAGGACAUGGAUAUGAGUUGCGUGAUCCUGAGCACGGAUAAACUUAAAAAGUUUAUCAUCCGACGAAAAUGGCAGAAAACGGGCAACGCAAUACGUGCCCUGGGCAGGAUGGCCACUCUAUCAGCGGCUAGCAGACGUGGAGUCGUCGGGGGUAGCAGUGCUGGAACAGGGGGAGGAGGAAUGACAGAUGGAAACGGAGCCAGGUGUAUUUUACAAAAGCUAAAAAUGGCUAGUCUAAAAGAAGAAGAGUCGACCAGUGAGCCACCUUCGGAAGGACAAGAAACGACGAUAACCGAAACAAUUAAAAGUGGCAGUGGCCAUAGGGUGUGUGACGAUCGCAGCGAUAGCGGUUUUAGCGAAUGUCUGUCUGUAUCGUCGCCGAUUUCGAUGCUCGUCCGGCCGCCCGAUUGUCCAUCGGCUAUAUCCGAAGAAACGCCAACAGUUUCCAAUCGGGAUUGUUCUCCUCCACCACCCAUUCGUAGUUCACCACCAUUAAUCACUGGUCGUCCUUCUUCUCCUGUCACUCGUCGCACUUAUUCUCCAGCAACUCGUUACCCCUCGUCGCCCACAACUUGCCGCUCCUCGUCUUCCACAACUAACGGUUCAUCUUCUCCAGCCACCCGUGGACCUUCUUCUCUCAAAACACAUCCCCGUUCUCCUCUACCACGUAACCGCCAUGACACCAUUCAUCCCGUUCACGACGUACCGUUGUCCACAGGUACCGGAGUCAGCGGCCAGUGCAAGACAAACCGGAUGAUCUUUGAUGGUGGGCGGCGCGACGGCAGUGCAUCAUCGGCUGGUAAGAGCGGCACCGGUGGCGUUCAGCGCAAGGAAACCAUUCGCGUGCAGACGGCCGACAAUUUCAAAAAGGCCGUCGCUUUUUGGAAACAGUGAAAUAUUUAUGUUAUUUCAUAACAAUACACGGUGAUAACGUCAUCCUCUUCGAUAGGGUGUGUUUUUUUCUUUAACUAAUCAUAAUACGCUAUUAUCGAACUAUUAUUAUACAUUCAUUAUUAUAUAACUAUCUACCCAUAUCGUUUCGGAUAGUAAGACAUUUCGUUUUUACUUUUUAACUGUUUUGUUUUCUUUAUUUUUAUUUUAUACUUAAGAUAUGGUAUUUUACGUGUUAUUUAAUUAUUGCCAAAGCUUAGACAUUUAAUUUGUAAGUGUAAAUAAUAUUAUUCGUGAUUUCAUAUAAUUCUAUGAACCGAUUUUCGCAUUUCAUAAUGUUAUAAUUAUUAUACACACGUGCCAUUGGCCGUAUGCCGUUCAUACAAAUAUUAUUACUAUUUUAUUAUUAUAUUUACAUUUAUACACUAUACUACCUAUUUUAUCCAUCAUCGUUUCUAGCUCAUUAUUAUACUGCUAGGUCUAUGUUAAUGUUAAAUCAUUAGCGUCUUUAAUAACAACAUUUUUAUAAGUCUGCUUUUUAUUGUUCGCCGUUGGGAUAAUUGUAUUUGUAUGUUCUUUUUUGUGUGAAAACUUUUACAAUAAAUUAUACAUAUUAAAUACUU